AGAGUUAUUCGAAAAGCGGCCCGAUAAAUCGCCGCCGCAGAGCACGGGCGCGGGGAGCGCGGCUGCCCGACGACGUCCGGGACCCUAUAGGCCCAACUCCACGGCGAGGAACAGCCCCCAGACGCCACCGCGGCCGGCGGGCCCAGCGCCCUGGGAGCGGGCAGCCACCAUGCCCUCCGAAGGCAAGGAGGACGACAAGCCCAAGAGCCGCCUGCGACCUAAAGUGGUUUUGUUGAAUGCCUCCAAGCGCGAGGCCUUCUCGCCCAACAGCGGCUUCAAGCGGCUCUUCCGGCGAUUACGAUCGAGCAAUUACAAGCCCGUAAAUAAUCGGGACGACAUCACGGCCAAACUCCUGGAAGAUGCGGACGUCUUAGUGACCGCUUGUCCGAGAGAAAAGUUCACGGGUGAGGAAAUUGAGUGCAUCCAGGCCUGGUUGAAAAAAGGCGGUUCACUGUUCUGUUUAUCGGCCGAAGGCGGCGAGGAGAAAUAUGGAGGGAACAUGAACGACUUACUCAAGCCCUACGGCAUGUCGUGUAGCAACGAUAGUGUUUUGAGGACCGUGUACUACAAGUACCUUCACCCAAAGGAGGUGUUCGUUUCGCACGGCGUCCUGCAGCCGUCUUUGGUGGCCAACAAACAUCUGGUGAUCUCUGGCAAGCGAAAGACGAAGCGGGAGCAGCUGAAGGGCGACGCACUGAAGGAGGCGACGGCGAACGGUGGCGGUCUCAGUUUCGUCUAUCCCCGCGGCGCGACUUUAGGUAUAAGAAGACCGGCCCGAGCCGUGUUAUCUACCGGAGCCAUCUCCUACCCGAUCCACCGCACGGUCUGCGCGGCCUGGGAGGGCAAGACGGAUAAAGAUCUCCCUCCGAAGUCGCCCAAACCAAGGGUGGUUGCGAUGGGUGCGGCAGAAAUGUUUGCAGAUGAUUGGCUCGACAAGGAGGAGAAUAAUAUUGUGAUGGACUUGCUGUUCAAGUGGCUUUGCAGGGAUGAUGAGGCGCCUUCGCUCGUUGCGGCGGCGCCGUCUCAGACAUCACGUCCAGUCAAAGACCGAGGCUUGACGAGGCAUAGCUUCGAUCCAGGGGCGGAUGCGACCUUCGAGCUCGCGGAAGGCGAGCACCACCACGCGGAGGCGGACAAGGAGUACGCGCGCGUUCCAGACAUAGAAGCCCUCGCCAGUCGUCUGCGAGCGUGCCUGCAGGAGGGCGAGGAGCUCCCGCGCAACUUCGCGAAGUUAUUCAAUGACGCCCUCUUCCGCUUCGACACGGACGCGAUCCCGGAGGUCGUGGCCUUGUACGAAUCUGUGUGGAAAUCAACCAGUGAGUCUCGAGACUCAUGUUUUCGGCUCAAACCUGGACACAAUCUCCGAGGGAUAGUUGAGACCGUAUCCAGAGAGUAGCACCUCACGCAAACCACGAGAGAUUGAACUUUGCUGUCCUCGCAGGUACGAACAGCUUAAUGUCAAACACGAGCCCCUGUCGCUCAUACCGCCGACGUUCGAGUGCCCCCUGCCUCCGUUGUUGCCGGCGACGUUUCCCCCGGCGUUGCGGGAGCCGCCGCCGCCGCCGUUGGACCAGUUCGACCUCGACGAGCACUUCGCCAGCAAACGCGAGCGGCUCGCGCAGUUGACGAACAAAUGCUUACAAGGCAACGGUGUGGAAACAGAUGAUGAUUUGGACUACUACAUCCGGGAGGCGUGCGACGUCGUCGGCGCGACGAAGGUUCUGGCGGACAAAACGGGCGACGGCGCGCCGCCGUCGGCCAUGCGGGCUCUGGCCUUUGUGUUAGCUGAACUGGUGAACUUCAAGAAGGUCAACCCCGGCGAGAGCGAGGUCAACCACGAGCGGCGGGCGGGAGAAGGCGAGGAGCCGGGCGAGAACCUGUCGGCCGGAGCCAUCCUCGCAAGUUCGGAGCCGAUGAAGAAACGCACACAACUGAAACAUUUAGAUGGGGCGCCGGACGCGAAGUCCAUGGCCCUGUCGCCGAUCGCUGGUGGUGGUGAACCUAGCUUCCAGGCCGAGGCCAAGGGCGGUGACGGCGCGGAGGUGAUGAGCUUCAAGUAGGUCCUUCUCCCCUGGUGUAAGCGACUCACA